AUGGCCACAACAAAAAACACAAAUGGCCCCUUCAUCCUCUCGCGGGCAACAUCCACAGAUCUCUCCCGCAUCGUGGCCUGCGAAUUCAAAACCUUCACCGACCCUUUCAUCCGCGAUCUCUUCAUGGGUCCCGGUACUCCCUCAGGCCAAGCAAACCUCUCUUCUCACUACCAAAAAAUCCUCCACUCCAAUCCCAGCGACAUAUGGAUAAAAGUGGAAGACAAAGCUACUGGAGAGAUUGUGGGUGCAAGUAAUUGGAGGGUACAUAUGAGUAAUGUGCCAGAACAUCAAGAAGAGGAUAUGGGAUGGGCAUGGUUGGAGGGCAAUCACGAGCAGUUGAAAAAGUGUAAGGAGGUUAUGGCUGAUAUUAUGGAGAAGAGGAAGGAGUUGUUUACGGAACCUUAUUGUCAACUGCAUAUCUGCUUCACAGACCCAGAUUACCAGCGGAGAGGAAUCGGAUCUAUGAUGCUGCAGUGGGGCUGUAACCUUGCGGAUCUCUUGUUCUUGCCUUCAUGGGUUGAAGCAUCUCCCACAGGCAACUUCUUGUAUCGCAAGUAUGGGUACAAAGAUGUUGAUGUAAAGAAAGGUGGAGAUAUGGCAGGAAGCUUGAUGAAAAGAGAAGCAAAAGUGCUGUGUAUUGAGAGUGAUGGAGCAGUCCAGUGA